AUGGAAACAGUGAACAAGGUUGUGGAGGCAGCCUCCGCUGCCAUUUGGGGCACCGAAAACAACUCAACCGAGCAGCAGACGACCGCCCACGGCGAGGAGCCUGUCUCCGGAGUACAGGGCACAGGAAGCGCAAGUGACCCAUACGAUGCUGGUAAUCGCGAUGAGCAACCUGACGCUCCAAUCUUCGAUGUGAAUACUGCCUCGCAAGAGCCCCGCCUGGAUGGCGCACAGUCAGAUCCUCUUCGCAAAGACCUAGCUAUGCGGUCCAAGCCCGAAACCGUGGAUCCAACCACGACUACUCCUAGCACGGGCUUGGCUGCGCCAUUGCAGAAGGGCUCCACGGCGCUAUCACCAGUACCUGUCGAUGGUGCCGCCGUGGGCCCAGCUACCACCAGCUCAAACCCAGCCUCUGAAAAACCGGCCACGAGCUCGUCCGAGUUCUCCCCGGUUCCGGUCGAUGGAGCCCCCAUGACAUCGAUCUCCGAGAACUCAGCCAAAGACCCCGCGCUCGGCUCAGAGUCAAAGAAGACCACGUCCGAUGCGUCCCCGGCGGCUCCUGUUGAACGUGCCCCUUUGACAUCGGUCCCGUCAAGUUCGAGCCAGGGCCCUCGUGGCGAGACCAUCCCUGGCGAUACCGUCGAGCCUACCAAGACCGAAAAGACUGAACAACGUGUGUCGGAGAGCGCCGGGGCCACCAGUGAAGGUCAAGGCGAAAGCAGCAAGCCUACAAACACCAUUGGGCACCAAGAUGUCAGUGAGGAAGCUCUGAAGGGUCCGCAGGGCCCGGCACCAGUCUCGGAGGAGAACUUUGUAAAGGAGGCCGAGAGUACCUCGGCUACACAGAACAAACUCGGCACUGAUGACAAGGCGGCGCAGAAUGCUAAUGACAGCGCUGACAAAAUGAAGCACGACCCCUCCUCCGACCAUGGCAAGCAAGGUCCAUUGCACAAGAUCAAGGAGAAGCUGCACAAGGUUGCACACCCUCACUCUUCGAGCCAUUAG